CUCCUCCCACAUUCUUCGGUCUCUCCUACAUUUCUCUCUCCACCCCUUUUCUUUCUUUGUUAAUCUCUUUGUCUUUUGCCCAACAUAACACAUCCUUCUCCUUCAGCCUUUCUCCCCUGCUCCCCCUUCAUGUCACAUAUUAAUUAACAAGUUUUUCACAGGGAAGAUGAUGCUUGAAGGAUCGGUUAGCAUUAAUGGGCGGGAGUUGGAGAGCAUGUUUUCUUUUAGAUCUCCCACAACAGAUACAGAUCAUAAUGACUUAUUCUGUAAACCAAUAAGCACAAAGAGUAUAGAAAGUUACGAUGAUUUGUCGAGGUCAUAUAGUAACUUAUCCGAAAAGAGCUUCUAUUCCCCGGUAUUGUGCGAACCGCAGAGUCAUAGAGAUCAGGCUGCACUUAAAUUGCAAAAAGUUUACAAGAGUUUUCGAACAAGAAGGCAACUCGCAGAUUGUGCAGUUCUUGCGGAGCAGAGAUGGUGGAGGGCAUUGGAUUUUGCUGAACUAAAACGCAGUUCUAUAUCAUUUUUUGACAUCGAAAAACCUGAGACUGCCGUUUCGCGUUGGUCAAGGGCUAGAAAGAGAGCUGCCAAGGUUGGAAAAGGUCUAUCCAAGGAUAAGAAGGCGCGUAAACUCGCUUUGCAACACUGGUUAGAGGCAAUUGACCCUAGACAUCGCUACGGCCAUAAUCUCCAAUUUUAUUAUGUCCAGUGGCUACAUUGUGACAGCAAUCAACCUUUCUUUUAUUGGCUUGAUAUUGGGGAAGGUAAGGAAUUCAGUUCUGAGAGAUGUAAUAGAUCAAAGCUUCAGCAGCAAUGCAUCAAGUAUUUGGGUCCAGAGGAAAGAGAGGCUUAUGAGGUAGUUAUUGAGAAUGGGAGACUCUUCUACAAACACAGUGGGAUUCCAGUGGAAAGUACAAGAGAUGCUAAGUGGAUUUUUGUACUUAGUACGUCGAAGAUUUUGUAUGUUGGGCAGAAGAACAAGGGCACAUUUCAACAUUCAAGCUUCCUUGCAGGUGGAGCCACAUUAUCUGCUGGUAGAUUAGUAGUUGAGGAUGGUGUUCUUAAGGCAGUUUGGCCUCACAGUGGACAUUAUCUUCCAACAGAAGAAAAUUUCCAAGAAUUCGUGUCAUUCCUUAUGGAGAAUAACGUGGACCUCACAGAUGUAAAGAAAAACCCAGAUGAAGAUGAUGAAACAGUCAAAAUGAACCAGGAAGUUGUUUUAAGAGGAAAAUCUUCAAAGGACAAUUUAUCUCCAAAAGUCGAAACCAAAAGUUCCAACAACUCAUUAACUGAGGAGAGAAAUGAGGGUUCAAGUAAUGAUGAUUCAAACUCUGAUCCACCCUUAUCUAGAUUAUCAAAACGACUAGGAACUAAAAUAACUAGACUCGAAAUACCGAAAAGAAACAAUGUGAUUGAAAUUUUCGGAGUAGUAGCAGUCCAUUUUCCAACAAGCAAAUUCUACUCUCCACAUAUAAUAGAAUCAGAUGCAGAAUGUGGUUAUGAGACAGCAGAAGAAUCGUUUAUCGAAGAAGAAGACUUCAUGGUUUCGAAAUCGAACUUGUUUGUUGAAGAACAAGACAAAGAAGAAGAAAAUCCUAUUCCAAAGGAAAAGAUAAUGAAGAGAAUAGAUUCACAUAAAGGAAUGAAAUCAUAUCAGUUGGCAAAUCAUUUAUCAACCAAAUGGACAACAGGUGCUGGUCCUAGAAUUGGUUGUAUGAGAGAUUAUCCACCAGAGCUUCAAUUUUUCAUCCUUGAGCAACAAAAUUUAUCUCCAAGGACAAAAGUAACAGCUCCAUCGCCUAGAAUACCGCCGUUGUCUCGAUUCAGUCCACAUGUUGGUUUUCCUCUUCCUUUAGUUGAUUCUCAAACUAUUCUGUGAAAUGGCAAUACUUUCUUUUGUCUUGACCUCUCUGAGGGAAUGGAGCUCUGGUAAUAUGAAGUUCGGCCGAUAAAUAAGUAAAGUCCGGCCGGUCAAAUCAUCGGGAUAUGUUAUUUUUGGUGGGGUCCUUGGAGUAGAGAAAACUGAAUAGGAUUUUCCAUUUUUGUUUUGUUGUUGCAAAACUUUUGAUGCCACUCUUUAUACCCAUAUAUAGUUUUUGUAGGUCUUGUGGUGAUGAGUGAGGGAAACAAAAUAACUUUGCAUAUGGAUGUGCUAGUUUCCGAGUGCAGAGAGAGAGUUUGAUUGAGUUUCCAAUAUAAAUUGAAACAAUAGCAAGCAACAUGCAAAUCAUUAUGACAUGUAAUAUAGUUAUGGAGCAAAUUUCUUUGAGAAUUUGAUGACUCCAUUUGUCCCAUCCUUCAAAAUAUGUAAUAUAUUUAUUUUAAGGUAAAUUCUAUGUUUUCUUUGGAAAA